AUGGCACGUGAUAUAACCCCAGUAGUUAUGGUGGAUUUGGAUUCUGUUGACGAAUCCAACGAAGAAGUUUUUGUGUUGGAUCCUUAUAAAGGAAUUUCAACAGACUAUUUAGAUCAUGGUGACCAGGAUCUUAUAUGUCAGAUUUGUUAUGCAAAGCUGUGGUCUUCUGAAGGUGGUAAAGGUCGUAUAACAAUGAAUAAACUAUGUUAUGGUUUGUGUUGUGGAUAUGGUAAAGUUGAGCUACCAGUAUUAAAAGAUGCUAAUUCUGAGUAUCAACAGUUGUUUCAUAAUUGUGAUACGAAAAGCAAGUUCUUCUUGAAGAAUAUCCGACGUUAUAAUUCUAUGUUCUCUUUUACAUCUAUGGGUGGAAAGGUUGAUUCGAAGAUCAACAAGGGUAAUGCCCCAUUCAUAUACCGUAUUAGUGGUCAAAAUUGUCAUAGUCUUGGUAGCUUAAGACCGCCUAGUGGUAAAUGGAAUCAAUUAUCUUCACGUGAUAAGGAGUUGGACGUUGAAAUAAUUGAAUACAUCAGAGUUUUUUUAGAUUCUCAUAACGAGUUGGUCAAAUCGUACAGAAUGGUAAGAAACCACUUUCAUGAAAAUCCUCAAGCAAACUUAAAGCUCCGUCUCAUUUACAAAAGGGACAAAGAUGGUAGGACUUAUAAUCUACCAUCCACUAAUGAGAUCGCUGCACUGAUUGUUGAUGAUUUAGAUCCAUCAAUUGAUCGUCGAGACAUUUUAGUUGAAACUGAAUCUGGUAUGCUUCAACGUAUCAGUGAGUUACACCCAUCCUAUCUUGCUCUUCAAUAUCCAAUUCUUUUCCCGUUUGGUGAUGAUGGAUAUAGAAUCGACAUUCCUAAUAGAGAAGGUUUUUUGGUUGAUGCUUACACUAUGAUUGAGAGUGAAAGGCUCAAUUUCAUACGUGGUAAGCAGAAGAAUCUGCGUUCCGAGUCAUUUGAGAAUCUUCAAAAGUAUAAGGACAAUGGUAAACAAAAUUUAUCAAACACUGGUCAAAAGGUAAUAUUACCUUCAUCUUUUACUGGAGGUGCUCGGUUCAUGCAACAAAACUACCUCGAUGCUAUGGCGUUAUGUAAGUGGUUUGGAUACCCAGAUUUUUUCAUAACCAUUACAUGCAAUCCAAAAUGGCCUGAAGUUUCAAGAUUUCUUAAAGAUACAUCCAUUAAAGCAGAAGACAGGCCUGAUAUUAUAUGUCGAUUGUUCAAGAUGAAGCUGGAUUCAAUGAUUAAAGAUAUAAAUGAUAAUAAAUUUUUUGGUGAAAUCAAUGCUGUCGUUUAUACCGUUGAAUUUCAAAAACGUGGCCUACCGCAUGCACACAUUUGUUUAUUCAUGAAGGUGGAUCACAAACUUCCCACUGUAGAUCAUAUAGAUCCUUUUAUUUCUGCCGAAAUUCCGGAUAAAUCUGAAGAUCCUCAGUUGCAUUAUCUUGUGUCUGAGUAUAUGAUUCAUGGUCCUUGUGGUGCUGCUAAUCUGAGCUGUCCUUGCAUGGUUGACAACAAAUGUUCAAAACGAUUUCCCAAAAAUUUUUCGGAUCAUACAAUUAUUGACUCAAGCGGUUUUCCUGUAUAUCGAAGGCGAGAUUCUGGUCACACUGUUAUGAAAAAAGGUGUUCAAUUAGACAACCGAAGCGUCGUACCUUACAACAAAGGUCUAUUAAAAAGAUACCAAGCACACAUUAAUGUUGAAUGGUGUAACCAGGCUGGUUCGAUAAAGUAUCUUUUUAAGUACAUUAACAAAGGACCUGACCGUGCUAUGGCUGUUUUGUAUACUGAUUCAACCGGUACUAGCAAUCAGAAAAUAAAUGAUGAGAUCAAACAAUACUACGAUUGUAGAUACAUAUCAGCCUGUGAAGCGUCUUGGAGAAUUUUUGCAAACGAAGUUCAUUAUAGAUAUCCUGCUGUAAUGAGGCUACCUUUUCAUUUACCUGGUCAACACAAUGUAGUAUACGGUGAAGAUGAUGAUAUUGAAGAUGUCUUGAACAAACCAUCUGUUGCUUCAUCUAUUUUUUUGCAAUGGAUGCAUUUAAAUGAACAUGAUGAAGAAGCACGUAAACUGAGUUAUGUGGAGUUCCCAACCAUGUAUGUUUGGAACUUAAAAGAUAGACGUUGGCAAGUACGGAAAAGGUACAAAACUGUUGGUAGAGUUCAUUCUGUUUCGAUUGCUUCAGGAGAACCUUACUAUUUAAGGAUUCUCCUAAAUAAAGUUAGAGGUCCUAAAUCAUUUGAAGAGAUUCGAACAGUGAACGGACAAGUAUUUCCCACAUUUAAAGAUGCAUGUUAUGCGAUGGGUCUUUUAGAUGAUGACAACGAAUAUGUUGAAGCCAUUAAGGAAGCAAGUUUUGAAGCUCAUUGUCGGUAUUUAAGAUCAUUAUUUGCGACAUUGCUUUUAACAAAUACGCUAUCAAGACCUGAAUUCGUGUGGGAAAAAACUUGGCACUUACUAGGAGACGAUAUUCUAUUCAAGCGUCGUAAAGAGACACAUACCCCUGAUCUAAUUAUUCCUGAACAUCAUUUGAAGAAUCUAAUUUUGGUGGAAAUUGAGAAUUAUUUAAUUUCCAAUGGGUCUACAUUAAGUAAAUUUUCUACGAUGCCCUUUCCAGACGACGAUUCGCUACGUCAAGGUACUAAUCGUCUAAUCAAUAAGGAAUUAUCGCAUGACACAUAUGAGUUGAAAAGUGAGUUUACUCUAUUGAAAGAAUCUUUAACUGAAGAGCAGUUAAACGUUUUUAACCAAAUUGUGAAUGCAGUCGGAUGCCAGAGUGGAGGGUUGUUUUUUGUAUAUGGUUACGGUGGGACAGGGAAGACUUUUUUGUGGAAGACCUUGGCUGCUGCAAUCAGAUGUAAAGGUCAGAUAGUGUUGAACGUUGCUUCAAGUGGUAUUGCUUCAUUAUUGUUAUCUAGAGGACGGACAGCACAUUCUAGAUUUAAAAUUCCCAUAAACUUGAUAGAAGAUUCCAUGUGCUUCAUUAAGCCGAACGAUGAUGUUGCUAAUCUUUUAAAAGAGUCAAAGUUGAUUAUAUGGGAUGAAGCCCCUAUGGUGCACAAACAUGCGUUUGAGGCACUAGAUCGAACAAUGAAAGACAUUCUGUCGUCUUCUACGAAUAACUCUUCUGAGCUACCAUUUGGAGGUAAAGUUAUUGUGUUUGGUGGUGACUUUAGACAAAUACUACCCGUUAUCCCAAAUGGUACAAGGCAGCAGAUUGUUAAUUCAUCUUUGAGUUCUUCAUAUCUAUGGUCUGAAUGCAAGGUUUUAAAGUUAACAAAAAACAUGAGGUUGAGAAUUGGAGCUGAGUCAUCUAACAGUGAUUCCAUUCAGAAGUUUGCAAAAUGGCUACUUGAUAUUGGUGAAGGAAACAUUGGUUCAGAAAACGAUGGUGAAGCGUUUAUAGAGUUACCCGAUGAUUUAGUAAUUACCGACUCAGAUGAUCCAAUUCAAAGUUUAAUUGACUUUGUUUAUCCUUCAAUUUUACAUCAGUAUAAAAAUCCUGGAUUCCUUUCAGAGAGAGCAAUUUUAGCACCAAAGAAUGAAGUAGUUCAUGAGAUUAAUGAUCGAUUACUUUCAUUAUUUCCAGGUGAAGAAAAAGAGUAUUUGAGCUGUGACAGUAUAUGUCAAACAGAACAAGUUCUUGAUUCUUUUCAACAAGGUCUAUACUCUCCUGACAAUUUGAAUGCUCUUAAAAUAUCCGGUUUACCUAACCAUAGGUUGGUUCUUAAAGUUGGUGUUCCUGUGAUGCUUCUUCGAAACAUUGAUCAACAGAACGGACUAUGUAAUGGUACUAGACUUCAAGUAACCUUUCUUGGUAAACGAGUAAUUGAAGCGGAAGUAAUAUCUGGCGAAAAUAUCGGCACAAGAGUUUUUAUUCCAAGAAUUAGUAUGGUUCCUUCAGACAAAAAGAUACCUUUUCAAUUUCAAAGAAGGCAAUUUCCGUUAACAGUUUGUUUUGCUAUGACAAUUAACAAGAGUCAAGGACAGUCGCUAUCUAGAGUUGGUUUAUACUUAAAAGAUCCUGUAUUUACUCACGGUCAAUUGUAUGUGGCGUUAUCCAGAGUCAAGAGCAGGCAAGGUGUUAAAAUUUUAUCAUUUGAUUGCGAUGGUAAACCUACAGCGAAGACAUCUAAUGUAGUGUACAAGGAGAUUUUUCAUAACUUAUAA